AAGAGUUGUGCUGGCCGGUGACAUUACACACCCUGCGUGCCAACGUAGAUCAUCCAUGUGACCUGGAGCUCCGAGUCUUCCUGUGGCGUCCCGACAAUUUGAAUGCGUCGGACUGGUAAUGAAGCUACUUAUCAAUGAAGCAUGUACAAUGGAAUUCUACGACAAACGUCCUUCUAUCUGCCUAUGAGACUCUCAAAGGCCACAUAAACGAGACUCAAGCCCGCCAUUUCCUUCCAGUGUCUUCCUAACUGCCACACAAUCCCAAUCCAAUCUCCACUUCAACACAUUCCCGGUUUAUUACCUUUCUGAUAUUCACACCUGGCCAGUACAGUUUGCCCCUGCCAAUGCCAGUUGUUCCGCAGAACUUAUUGUGGAGACAAUCCAUACUGUCAGCCACUAAAAAGAUCUUCUUGAUUUUGUUAAUGGUCAAUUGUCGGUCACUACCGUUUGCCUGGCACAUUCGUAUCUUCCUACCAUUCUUGCGACUUCAUCUUCAGUACUACCUCCUAGGGCUUCGCAACAUGUUCAAGCCCAAAAAGGUUAGGGCGAAGAUCCUUGACGAUUGGAGUGAGGCUUUAUGUCCAAUUGGCACAAACCCCUUCGAGUUAGUGACCGUUCAGCACGGCUGGGCGACUGUGGACGAGACCGAUUACAAUGGACACCUCAGUAACUCCAGUUACGCGAAGGCCCAUGAUGUAGCCGCCAUGAAAAUGAUUCGGGAAGGCUUCCCUGCAUUCACAAGGAGUGGUGGAUCGGUUGCUCUGGGCUCCAGCCACUUUAAUUUCAUUCGAGAAAUACCGGUCCUUGCGAGAUACGAGAUGAGACUCUCCAUCGGGGCAUGGGACAACAAAUGGAUGUUCAUUAUUGCUCGCUACGUCUCUUUCCCAAAGAAGAGACGUGGUGAUGGACGUAUGGACCAUCAUACUAAGUCUACUUUAGGUCAGCAACUGGGGGCUCCAAUGACAUCACUUUAUUUUCCUCGAAUUUUGCGCACUCAUGCAGAGAAUUUGGCCACUUUUCCGACCCUCGGCGAUGCGAGUGGGGGGGACCCCAAUAUUCAGGCAGAAAAGACAGCACAGGUAACGAAAGGCCUUGCUGCUGUACAGUCAAACACGAAUGAGCCCGACGGUGCCAUACUUCACUGUGUGGCCACCACAUACGUUUGCUUCAAGCAUGGUCGUAUCACAGUGCCUCCUGGCAUCGUUCUCUCAUGCGAAGGUUUCUCGAAACCCCCCAAUACCGCUUCUGCCGCGCCGUUCUCGCCAAUGAAUCCGCCCGCUCACUGGAAGAAGGUACAAGCACUGCGCGUCGGUCUAUCAGGCAGUGCGCCUGUGUUUGCUAGAUUCCUCAAAGGAGGCUGGCGCGAUGUACCUGAAGGUGAGAGAUGGUGGGAGGAUGCGCUGGAUGGGCCGAUAGAUGAGCAGCGAAAGACAAAUUUCGAAAUCUUUGAUUCAAUCAGGAAAGGGAUGGAACAAGCCAGAUCUCUCCGGUAACUACUGUGUAGAAGUAAUUCGUAUGAUUCAAAUGUAUGAUAGUCCAAUCCAACAUAGUCCACAGACUGCGAUUUGCGCACAAUAUUACUCUACUAUCUGUUGUACACAUAGGAGUCUACAUAUGAUCGGCUUAAGUAGCCACUUGAGUAUCUUGCGCCCUACUAGUACUUUGCCCCUGAUUUGCAUUUUGAGAAGUGCCAUCCUAUAGGCCUAUGAUGUUCCUUCUCAAGAAGUCUAUC